UAUUUGACAAUAUUUUAGGGACUACAUAAUAUUUUCCCUCCGAUGAAAUUAACCUCCGGAAUGUGUCAAUAAUUUUCUCAAACAAUAGGUAUAAAGUAAUAAUUUUAUAAAAUCUCAGUGACUCUUGAUUGUUUUUUGCCGGUCCAACCCACUAGUUGAACCAUUUAAUCUGACCGGCAACGUUUCGUCAGCUCUCUCAACCGCUCUUUCUUGUUCUUCUUCCUUUUGCUCCACCUGAAAACUCCACUGCAGAUCCAAAGCCUCAAUCUUUCACUUUGUAACUGCGAUUUCACUACUCGGCAUCGAACCUCCAAGUUUGGUCUACAACUAAUGGGAAAACCAAAACAAAAAAAGCUGGUAGAGAAACCUACGAGCCAGGAUGUCUCUUUGAGUGACACAGAUUUGGAUGGAGGAGAUAGUUGGGUCAUAGUUAAGAAGCAGAGGGUCACCAUUCUGAUACCUGUGCUGCCUCAUUCCAGAAAAUCAACAAUGCCAAAGCCAGGACCAAGUAAGCUGGAAAGCACGACCAUUAAAGCUGUAAAUAAUAGGUCAACAGUGCCAAUUGAGACUUCUAAUAGGAUACCUUCAGCAGAUGAACAAGAAAUGGGGACAUAUGCGGCUCCUAAUAGAAGUAUUGAAACAUCUGUGCAAAUACCUUCACAUCAUAUUUUGGCUUUAGAUAAGCUACCAAGAGUAAAUGCAGAAAUAGUAUCCAAAAAUCCAAAAAGAGUUCGUACUUCAAAGUCUCAUAACAUGCUUCAAGUAUCAAACAUAUCAAAAUCAAUCAAGCAGCCAAGACUACUGCACGGGCAAGGGCACUUCCUUGAUGGAAGCGCGCUGCUAAAUCAGAGGCUAAGGGCAUCACUGCUUGAAAAGAAGCUUCAAAAAGCAGGUGGGUUGAGCAGGUGGCUAGCGUCGAUUGGUCUGGAGCAAUUUGUGAAGAUUUUUCAGGGUAGGAGUGUGGGUAAGUUUCAGUUGGUUAAUCUAACUAUGAAGAAGCUGAAGGAUAUGGGUGCAGAUGCAGUAGGUCCACGGAGAAAGCUGAUGCAUGCCAUUGACUGUAUUUGCCAGCCGUACUGUUUUUGAGGCUUGCUAAAUGUUGCCAGAAGCUCAGCAGCAUCUGGCAAGAUAGGCAGGAAGCAUCGAAUGUCGAUGCUUGUAGUUGCAUAUAUGCGUUGUUGUUGUUAAUGCUUCUAGUUGUACUUCAUAGUUGGAGUUGUAUUUAUGGGAGGUAGUUAUAGGUGAGUGAAAAAUCACAUUUAUUUGAGUAUUUGCCUUUCUGUAACAUAUCAUAUUUGUAGUCAGGGCAAUUCAUCAAAAGAGCACAACUUCAGUUCUCUGCA